AUGUCUGCCAUGGAAAACACCAUCAUGGAGGUGCAAAAGCACUGUGGGCUACAGCUCAAGCUGUACAGCCGGUGCAUCGAGCAGAACCCCUCGGACUGGACAAUCAAGUGCAGGGAGGGCAAGUCGGCCGUAUCCAAAUGUGCCGAGGAAAACGUCGGCCAUCUGAAACGAACCAAGGAGCGCUGCUCAGCGCAAAUCGAGGCCAUGCAGCGAUGCUCGAUCGAACACGAAGGCAAUGCCGAUCAGAUGUGCGCCGGUGCGCUGCGGGCACUGUACGAUUGCACCAACGCGGCCUGA